GGGAUGUGGAGGAGAUUGGCCUCAAAUGAGGAGUGGACCUCCUUUCCUCUCAUUAUUGUCAAGUAAGACAAGAAGGAACCACCCCUACCUCCUUACACUCAUUAUUUCGACCAAAUACACAAAGAAGGAGAUAGGAGCUCUGCAAAUUUCAUCUCCAUAGCUCCAAAUCCGAACUCAAGCUCAAGGGAGUCCAAGAAGAAAGUUUAAGGAAGAGAAAGGGAAGGAAGGAGGGUGGUGAUUAAGGAACUUGAUUUAAAGUAUUUUUGAGCUUCGCCGGAGUUUCGUCGGAGUUGGUCAAAGCUCUCCGGAGUUGGUCAAAGUUCACCGGAGUUGGUCAAAGUUCGCCGAAACUAGUCAAAGUUCAAUCGAGAAGCGUAGAACGCGCUUAAACUUAAUUAAGUUUCAGGUAGAACUUGAAUGUUGCUACUAUCAGCCGCUGGCAGGUGCUGGGGGGAGAUUGUUGGGCUGCGGGUAUGCGGUGCCACCAAUCUGCCAGCUUGCCGGUGCAAUCGAACCGCGUGGCGCUUUGCUUGUGCUAUAAAGGGUGAGGGGCGUGCUACACUAUUAACGAUUGCUUUUAGUGUAGCGGUAUGUGGAUACAACAAAUCGAUGACAUUCAAGGCAGAGUGGAAGCAAGUGGACAGGGUUGAAGAGAGACCACGAUGGGCACAUGGAAUAACACGACUAAAGAAGGGAGCACAAAGAAAAUGCCAGGGGAUCAAAAGCGCAGGAGGAUUUGGGAGAGUCAGGAACAUGAGGACCCAUUUGGUUAUAAUAUGACUCUGGACAAGCCAAAAAUGGGAAGGUGGCGGGUUCAGAUCUUUAGGCCCACUGGAGUAUUAGAAACAGAUAGAAGGUUCAGGAACGUGAUGGCAGUGGUGCUCUGGAAGAAGGAACAAGAGUUUUAUUUUAUUGUCUUUUUGCUUUUUAAUUUCUUUGAUCAUAUUGGUUGCUUUCCCUUUUGGUAUGUUUAUUGCUGUAAGACUUUGAGUCUAGAUUUGGGUGAUGAGAGGCAUGCUUUAACCGUCUUUGGCUUAAUUGCGUCUUUUGUCAAUUUACCUUAUAUCUGAGUGUUGUGAUAUCAAUUUAAGCAUACUUCUUCCAAUAAAAGAUCUCAUAUACACUAGUGCAUCUUGAAAAUAAAUAUAGUC